GGUAUAACAGGUGGCAAGGAAAUGCAAAGAAGGUCAAGUGUACUGAGUUGAGAGGCGAAAGAUUGUUAGGUGUUAGUCACAGGUGUAACAGCAUACGCACGGUUCAUUAAUUAGUAAACCCUUGUAGUGCGUAGUUGGAAUUAAAUGAACACCACUGACUAAAACAAGUAGAUGUAGUAAUGAGCUUUGUUGAAAAAUGAUUUGUCUACACAAAUGCGGACUGUACAGGAAGAUUUAUGGACAGCUAGGACGGAAGCCCAAACGCCCAGCGAACGUGUGUCGUGACAGUUGUGUUCAAUAUGCAAGUCAUGCAGCAAGUCGAACUCAUGAACUGAAUCAGAAGAAAUGGAGCUAUACCUAUGGCUUACCAAAGGCACAUCUGCAAGGGAUUACCAUUGGCAAACUUCUGCAACAAAGAGCAGAAUCAAUUCCAGAUAAAACUGCGGCUAUCUUCUUUGAAGAUGGAAAACGGCUGACAUUUGAGCAGCUCCUCACCCAGGCUGACCAGUUAGCUGCUGGACUUCUGUCCCUUGGUCUGAAGAAGGGAGAUCGUGUUGGAAUGUGGGGACCCAACAGUCAAGAAUGGGUGGUCACACAGUAUGGAACAGCUCGCGCUGGCUUCAUUUUGGUGAAUAUCAACCCCUCCUAUAGGAAGAAUGAACUGGAGUAUGCAUUGAAGAAGGCUGGAUGCAGAGCACUUAUUGCUGCCCCUGGUUACAAGGAUCAUGAUUACUACGAAAUAUUAUUCAACCUCAUUCCAGAACUAGCCUCAUGUAAUCCUGGAGACAUCAGAAGUCAUUUGCUGCCAGAUCUGUAUAUGCUGAUCAUGCUUGGCAAUGAAAAGUAUCGUGGAGCCUUCAGUUUUGACGACAUCCUUAAAGCACCUAGCACUUCUGAGAUCAGUGCCAUUUCGGACUUGCAGGGAAAACUUCAGUUUGAUGACCCUAUAAACAUACAGUUCACAUCUGGUACUACUGGAUUCCCAAAAGGGGCUGUCUUGUCUCAUCACAACAUCAUCAACAAUGCCUACUCAGUUGGCUAUCGAUGUGACUAUCACAACAGGGAAACUAGGAUCUGCUGUCCUGUCCCACUCUAUCACUGCUUUGGUAUGGUGAUGGCAUGUCUUCAAAUUCCAUGCCAUGGUGCCACCAUUGUGUUCUCCUCCAAGACAUUCGAUGCAGGCAUUGUACUAAAAGCUGUCCAUAUGGAAAGAUGCACAUCAUUGUAUGGAGUUCCCACCAUGUUUAUCGACAUACUAAACCACAAGGACUUGCAGUCCUUUGACCUGACCUCAUUGUACACUGGUAUCAUGGCUGGGUCACCAUGUCCUAUAGAGAUUAUGCAGAGAGUCAUGAGUCAGCUGCACAUGAGUGAAGUCACAAUUUGCUAUGGGUCCACAGAAACAAGCCCAGUGACAUUUCAGAGCUUGAGAGACUGUAGCAUUGAGAAAAGAGUGUCUACUGUUGGAUUGGUUUCAGAUCAUAUAGAGGCUAAAAUUGUGGAUGAAAAUGGUGCCAUAGUGCCAGUUGGUGUGACUGGAGAACUAUGCACCCGAGGCUACUCAACUAUGUUGGGGUACUGGAAGGAUGAAGCCAGAACAUCAGAGGUGAUCAAACCAGACAGGUGGUUCUUUACAGGUGACCAGGCAGUGAUGGAUGCUGAAGGCUUUUGUCAAAUAGUUGGUCGUUUAAAAGAUAUGGUUAUCAGAGGUGGUGAGAAUGUUUAUCCCACAGAGAUUGAACAAGUGCUUUAUCAGCAUCCAAAGAUAAAGGAUGUACAGGUAAUAGGUGUACCUGAUUACCGUCUGGGGGAGGAACUGUGUGCAUGGGUGAAGCUGAAAACAGGGGAGGCUGCUACAGAAAAUGAACUAAAAGAAUUUUGCAAGGAGCAUCUGGCUCGAUUCAAGGUGCCAAGAUAUAUCCUAUUUGUGGAAUCUUUCCCAAUGACUGUGACAGGAAAAGUCCAAAAAUACAAAAUGAAAGAACAAAGUGUUAAACUGCUCAAUCUGGAACACAUUCUCUCUCAUUAACAUAUCUGUGAAAUGAAAGUUUAAAUUAAUAACCACGGCCCCUGGUGAUUAUGGAAAAUGGCGAGAAACGAUAGUGGAAGAAGGUCCGCUGCUUCCAUAUGCAUACCAAAAUGCAAUCAGCAGUUAAGUCCACAUUGUUUGCCAUUGCAAGUUCUCUUUAAGAUAUAAUUUAUGACAUAGAUGAAUCAGAUAGAUGACAAGAUUUUAUUUCCAUGAAGACUUUGCUUUGGUUGCAUACUCAGAACAGACAUAUAAACCAUGUGAAAGUACUCUUAUCCAUCAAACUUUGCCUAAGAAAUGUCACAAAGGAGGUGAGAACCCUAUCUGGCAUGGUCAAUAUUUCUAAGUUUAUGAUAUUUGUAAAGCAGACCAAAUGUACAGAUCCUUAAUCUCUAAAAAAUGUAAAACUAUUUAGAUACUCAUUAUGUGUAUGUGUACAUUUAUUUUGUAAUGCAGAAAAACUAGUUUAUUUUAUAUAUGUUUACAAAUGGGGAGAGAGAGAGACAGAGUGCAUGUGUCCUGGAAAAUAGUGUAUAAUAAAGUGUAAAGUGUAAGCUUCUACUCAGAAAAGUAUCUUUCUGAUUAUAUAUGUUCCUCAGUGUCAUUGAAAAUAUUUAACCAUACAACCUUUACCAGAGUAAUAAUAAUAAUAUAUGCAAGGUUUGUAUAUUAACAACAUACAAUUUUAAGGAACAGAAGAACAAACAAUUAAUGAUGAACGAUGGAAAGACAAACAACAAUACUGGUGACGAAUAAAAGAAAAAUUAAAAUAUA